AUAAUCCUCGUUUGGGUCACAUGAGGCUUAUCAAUAUUAGAGCCAUGAUUAUCAACUCUUUUGACAAUAACAUCUCACUAAACUUUGGGUAUAAAUUAUAUCAGUGUCUGAAGAACCAUUGAACGAUACGUUUUAGAUUAAUCAUGGGGACUGUUUUGAGUUAUAUUACUCCUGCCAAUUCUGGUCGUUCAGAUGAUCCAGACCCGGUUACAGGACUCACAUCCAAAGAGAAAUAUUUAGUCCGCACUUCCUGGGCGAAAAUUAUGAAAAAUCCUGCCGAUAGCGGGGUCGCUUUGCUUUGCUUGUUGUUUGAAAGGCAUCCAGAAUACGUGCAACUGUUUCCAUUUAGCGACGUUCCUCCUUCGGAAUUUAAAACAAACGUGCGAUUUAGGGCACAUGCAAACAGUGUCGUGUACGCAUUAUCUUCUAUUGUGGAUGCUCUCAAUGAUAAUAAUUUGCUGGUGCAGAUAUUAACGAAGACUGGUUCUUCGCAUGUUCCUCGACAUGUUACUGCGGACGCUUUUAUUCAUUUAAAAGAAGUUACAAUCGAACUGUUUUCGACAAUUUUCAAAGCUGACGAAGUGGCAGCCUGGAAGAAAACGUUCGAAGUCGCAUUCUCGGUGAUAAUCCAAGGCAUCGAAAGUGUAAAUUGAAAUGCACCCGUUCUCAAAUUACCAUCAUUUGAAUCUUCACGUUGUGCUUUUUUUUAUUUCAGCUGUAUUCAUGACUAAUAAGAAUAUUAAGAUUAAGCGACUAGACUAUCAGAAAGAAAUUGGGAAAAUGCAGAUGUAAUGGUUUAUAUAUUUAUAUGUAAUAUUUUGUUCCUCUUGAGUUUUUCUUUGGAAAGUAGAUUGUAUAACUUAAUCAAAGCCGGAACUUGCAUUUCCACGUAUGAGUUAACAAACGUUUAGUUGAUUUUUAGAUUCAAAACUUUAAUUCGGGAAUACCAUGUAACGUUGACACUGAUAUAUCCAAAUGAUUAUGUAAAUGAUCAUUAUUUUUAAGGGUAAUUUUGUGCAAUAUGUGUUUUAUUCAAAUAUUGUUCAUUUGAAUAAUAGCUACGUUGAUGACAAAAAAAUAUAAAGUACUUAUUGUGUAAGCUAAGAUAUGCAAAUAGCAACUAAAUGUAGAUUUUAGUUAUUUUAAAAUAAUUUUACCGAUAUCGCAAAAUAAGAAUAAUAACCUACAAUUAUAUAUUAGGUAAUUUUAAGUUUUGUAGUAAAGUAAAAAAACCUAAAUACAUUCCUAAAUUUCA